AUGGUGGACUCACAAAUGAUUCUCGACCCUGCCAUUAGGGAUUGGGUCCUUAUUCCCAUCAUGAUUGUCAUGGUGCUCGUUGGUGUGCUUCGCCAUCAUAUUACAAUGCUCUUGACAGGCCAGCCAAAGAAACCACAAAUCAAGGCAGUCCGUGAAUCUAAAGCGCUUUUACGAGGUUUUCGCUUACGAGCCUUUGGUGAUCAUAUCCCGCCUUACGCAUUCACAGGUCGAAAGAGCUACUUAGCAAACGCAUAUGAGGAUGGCAGAUAUCUCAAGAACCCUACUCCCAAGGAAGGCGACACCCCAGCAAAUCCAAUGACUGAUCCUGAUAUGAUGGAAGGCAUGAUGGAAGGCAUGAAGAAACAGUUAACCAAUAUGGUGCCUCAAAUGCUUAUUAUGGGUUGGAUCAAUUUCUUCUUCAAGGGCUUUGUUGUCAUCAAGUUGCCAUUUCCCUUGACACCUCGUUUCAAGACCAUGCUCCAAAGCGGUGUCAACACACGUGACAUGGAUGUCACUUGGGUAUCGUCAUUGUCAUGGUACUUCCUCAAUCUCUUCGGUCUUGGCAGCGUCUUUGCUCUCAUCUUGGGUGAUAAUAAUGCUGCAGGAGUGGAUAUGGCGGCAAUGAGCGCAAUGCCGGGUGCUAUGCCGGGUGCUACUGGACAACCUGGACAACAACCUGAUUUUGCAAAGAUGUUUUUGGCUGAAAAGGAAAAUCUAUUGAUCACUCCACACAAAUGGGAUCUUGAGGAUGUUGAAGUACGCUUAUUGCAAAAGUACGGUAAAAAGACGGCCGAUGCUUCCGCCAACAAGCCAGCUGCCAUCAAGAAGGGGCCACAAACGAUUCGUGACAAGAUCAAGGCAAACCAACAACAGCAAAGCAAGGCAGGUGCCAGCAACAAGCGCCGUUAG